AAGUUUACUUGCUUUUUGUUUUCCUGCAAAACUUCUGCGAGAAGCUUUACUGUACGUUUCCGGUGCGUGAACUGCAGCAUCAACUGGGGAACUCUACGUCAAGUCUUUCAAAACCGAAAUCAGAGUUUGAAAAAAUGUCCUCAGAAGGAGCAGAAAGUGUAGUUGGGAGUGAGGUGAUGCCCCUGGACUAUGGGAGCAUGGACGCAGAGAGUAGUCCAUCUCCAACUAGUUCGGAGAAAACAGUAGAGGGGGUGAGAGGAGAUGAGGGGGUGGAGGUUGGGGAGAGAGAGGUGGUAGAGGUGGGGAGGGAUGAGGUGGUAGGGGUUAGGGUAGAUAGCAUACCUAUCACCGUAGUAGAAGUAGAGGUUAGGCCAGCUGGGGUAGAGGAAAGGGCGUGUUCUGCUCCUCGGGAUCACUGGAUGCCUGUGUAUUCCCACUAUUUGAUAGCGGGACUCAGGUUUCCACUUCCUGAGUUGCUAAUAGGUUUACUAUUAGAUUACAACAUAGGGUUGACACAGUUGGUCCCCAACGCAAUGAGGGGGGGAAGUAGGAGGGAUAAAGGGUGGUAUUAUUUCACCCCUAGGGUAGCUAAGAAGGAAAGUAGGGUUUUAUUCACUGUAGGUCCUUCAUCCAUUAAGGGAUGGAAGGAAAAAUUAUUUUUUGUGGACAAUACAGAGUGGGGGAAGGGGGAUACCGAGGUGAGGGAGUUAGCCUCCUGGAAGGCCAAAAGGGCCAACCAGAAUAGGUUUAGCUUAAAUGAAGAUGAGGAGGAAGAAGUGAGGAAGUUGGUGAGGAAGGGGGGAGAUGUGUUGAAUAUCAUGGACCUCACCAGCGCAGCAUGCAUAGAAGUUGCUGAGCUCUAUGGGCCAAGCACACUGAGUGAAGCUGAAAUGGAUCAGUUUUUAAAUACUGUUGGAGGAGCGCCCAUCCCCAAGAAGCCAAGGAAGAAGUCAAAGACUUCGACCAAGCAAGUGGAUGAGAGGAGGGCUGGGAAGGAGAUGGUGCCCUUGGCUUCAGCUGAGACGGAGGAGGAGGUGCUGUCGCUGAAGAGGAAGGGUUGGGAGGAGAGGAAGGCACUGCAGAAGAAGCAGAAGGUGGUGGAGGAGGAUGAGGGGGUUGAGGUUCCUGAGUUCGUACCUCAACCUUCUCCUGUUGAGCUGGACCUUGAGCUCAGACAGUUGGAGGAGGGGGCUGAGGUACGAGCUCUUGGUAAAGGGAAGGGGCCUAUUCCCCCACUGGGGCCUCAGAGCAGCCUGUUCGAGGCGAAGAACAUAACGGGGGCCAGGUGGUUCAUCAACAACACCUUCCCCGAGGUGGACCAAAGCAACGUGCGGCAGGAAGCUCUGAGGUAUGGUGGAGCAUCUGUUGUGAAGCACGUUCUAGAGAGCGUGAGCUGGGUGAAUGGUCUAGCCCAGGAAUUCAGGGAGAGCCUGAAGGAUCGCGCACUCUUGCAGAGGCAGCGAGACCAGCUGCAAAAGGAGAAGGAAGUGUUGGAGAAGAAAAAUAAGGAGCUGCAAGAGUCUCUGAACGAGGUGGUUCCAACUGUUUCACAGUUGGAACAGGAGAGGUCUUCCCUGAGCACCAAGCUCGCUUUUGAGGAGAGCAAACGAAGGAUCGCUGAAAGCGAGCGUGAGGCUCAGGCGCAAGAAAUGAAGCUGAUGACGGAGGCAUUCAAGGAGCUGAAGGGGAACAUGCGGAAGUUGGUGCAUAACGGAAUGAAGGAGCACAUCAGCAACUUCAUCAGUUCCAGCUCGUUUGAUAGCAUCGUCAACCUGUACCAGCUGCCCACUGCCAUCAUUGCCUUCACAGACUGCAGAAAUAAGGUGAAGGCUGAAUAUCCCGAAGUGGAUGUGACGAAGAUCACCUUCGGCGAGCAAGAAGAAGGAGUGGAGGAGAAUGGCGAGAGCAUGUCAGCAGACUUCCUGGAGGAAGAAGGGGCAGAGGUAGAGGAGGGCGAGAUGGAGGCAGGAGUGGAGGGAACUGAAGUGGGUAAGGUGCAACCAGCUCCAGAAGUGGAGAUUCAUCCAGUUCUUUCUGACGAUGAGUAGCCUCCUCUGCCAGACGAGCAGCAGCCAACACAGCCACCUCCUCCAGCUGAGUAGGAGCUAAUGCAGUCACCUCUCCAGCAGAGAACUUUUGUUUUUUAAUUUUUGUAGAAUAUUGAAACAAUUUGUAAUUCUUCCUUGAAUGAAAAUUCAUUUUUAAAAUUAUGUGUUUGUUUGUGUUUGAUUUACAUUUUUGUUAUUAUUUUUUAUUAAUAAAAGACUUGAGAUUUA